AUGCACAGCAGCAAGCGAGGGGAUCGCUGUGCCAGUGUGCAGGAGUCAGGGCUCUGCAUCCGGGCUCAGCGCUGCAAAGUUCCCGUGUUUGGACAGACGGAGGGGCUGUCCCCGGGGCGCGCGGGGCUCGAACCAAAAGCAGAUAGAUUAGAAAAAUCGUUCUUUCUCUCGCUCUUUCUCUUUCUCUCCCUUUCCCGCUGUCGGGCACCCUUCUCUCGGGGUCCCUUGCCCGGCUUCCCUCUCCUCUCCCCGCCUCCCUCUCCCCUGCGGGGCUGGGCCAUGCCCCCGGCCCGCCCCCGGCCCCGGGCGGGGCUGCCCCGUGCCCGGCCCCGGCCGUCCCGCCGCGGUCUCGCCUCCGCCCGGCUCUGGCUCUACUGGCGGUGGCGCUGCUGGGCGGGCAUCAGUGCUUGGGGCGGGGGCGGCAUCGCCGCCCUUCGGCUCCGCCUGGCCCGAGCCCGGCUCCGGACCCGACGCAGGGUCCAGUCCCGACCGCGGCCCCGGCCCCAGCCCCAGCCCCGGCUCCGGCAUUGGCCCUGGCCCCGGCGCCUCCCGGACCCCGCGGAGGACACACGCGGCGUGGCCGCCGCUGCCGCCUCCGCUGCGGCUUCCCCGGCCCGAGCUCCGCCGCUCGGCAGCGCGGCCGCCGGCCCCGAGCCUCCCGUGCCGCGUUCCCGGGAGCGAACGCCUGGGCAUGGCCGGCCCGGGGCGGGUGAGGGGCGCUCGGGGGCCCUGGCUUGCCCCGGGCCGAGCGCUGACAGCCGCGUCCCGCCCGCAGGGACGGCGCAGGAGGCCCUGCAGGAGCGGUACCGGCUGGGAUCGCUGCUGGGGCGCGGCGGCUUCGGCAGAGUCUUCUCGGCCACGAGGAUCUCGGACGGCGCCCCGGUGGCCAUCAAAAGGGUGCCACGGAACCGCGUCCGGCACUGGGGCGAGCUGCCCGACGGCACCAGCACACCCCUGGAGGUCGUGCUGCUGGCCAAGGUGUCCACUGGCUUCCCCGGUGUGGUCCAGCUGCUGGAGUGGCUCGAGCUCCCCAGCUGCAUCGUGAUGGUGCUGGAGCGGCCAGAGCAGUGUCAGGACCUGCAGCGUUUCAUUCGGGCACGGCGGUUCCUGCCCGAGGAGGAGGCGCGGGAGCUGUUCCGCCAGGUGCUGGAGGCCGUGCGGCACUGCACCAGCUGCGGGGUCCUGCACCGGGACAUCAAGCCAGAGAACAUCCUGGUUGACCUGGACACCGGGCAGGCCAAACUGAUUGACUUUGGGUGUGGCACCUACCUGCAGGACACAGUCUACACUCACUUUGCAGGAACACUGUCGUACAGCCCCCCAGAAUGGAACGACUUUGGCUGGUACCAUGGCGAGCCAGCUACCAUCUGGUCCCUGGGCAUCCUGCUGCACCAGAUGGUCUGCGGGGAGCACCCUUUCAGGAGGGGCCAGAACCUCAGCUGGGGCCAGCUCCCGCUGCCACAACGGCUCUCUCAAGAGUGCAAAAACCUGAUCAGGUGGUGUUUAUCCGUGAACUCCUUGGAAAGACCCACACUGGAAGACCUGUUCUGUGAUCCUUGGAUAUGGGAUAUUCCUCUGCCAUAG